AUUAAUGUGAAAGAAAUUUGUAGGUUACCACUUUCAGAGGAUCCUGCUUUGGCAAUGGCCUUUUCAGUGGCACGGAGAGCAGCAGCUGUUCCUCUAUUGCUUGUUAAUGGAACUUACAGGAAAUCUGUUCGAUCCUAUCUUGAUUCCUCCAUUGUUCAGUAUCAGUUGCAGAGAAUGAAUGAUCACGGCUCUUUAAAAGGGAAGCUUGCCCAUAGCCGGUCUACACUAGAAGUUCCAAUAUUUUGGUUCAUCCAUGGUGAACCAUUGUUGGUUGACAAGCAUUAUCAGGCAAAGGCACUUUCUGAUAUGGUUAUUGUUGUUCAGUCAGAGCCUUCAUCCUGGGAGAGCCAUCUGCAAUGUAAUGGGCAGCCACUUUUGUGGGAUUUGAGGAGGCCCAUCAAAGCUGCGUUGGCUGCGGCUUCUGAACAUCUUGCUGGUCUGCUUCCCCUACACCUUGCUUACAGUCAAGCCCAUGAAACUGCGAUUGAGGACUGGAUGUGGUCAGUCGGAUGCAACCCGUAUUCCAUUACUUCUCAAGGAUGGAACAUUUCCCAAUUUCAAUCUGAUACAAUUUCUCGGAGCUAUAUUAUCACAACUCUGGAAGAGUCAGUGCAAAUGGUCAAUUCAGCCAUUCAUCUUCUAGUCAUGGAGCGUACAACUGAAAAAACCUUCAAACUUGUUCAGUCUCAGGAGCGUGAACUAAUUAACAAGUACAAUUAUGUUGUUAGUCUAUGGAGAAGAAUUUCAACUGUUACUGGAGAAUUGCGGUAUGUGGACGCCAUGAGACUGCUAUAUACCCUAGAAGAAGCGUCAAAAGGGUUUGUUGAUCAAGUAAAUACAACUAUAGCCAUUCUCCACCCAAUCCACUGCACAAGAGAGAGAAAAGUACAUGUGGUGUUUAAUGUGACUACAAUUCCUGCUUUCUUAGUUGUCCUGGGUGUACUCUAUCUUGUGUUAAGGCCAAGACGACCAAAGCCAAAAAUCAACUGAAAAUCCUUGAAAUGUGAUUGAUAGCAAUGGCUUCUGGAGAUGCUUUUGAGGGAAGUGAUUUCUAAGACAUUCUCCUGGUUAGUUUGCGGCAGCGAAUACUUUCACAAGUGAUGGGUAAAGAGCAGAAUUUUCGGAAAAGGCCACCAGGUACGAAAUUGGAUAUAACUUGUGAAGUUGUCAAACCCCUUCCCCCUUGUAACUAUAGCCAACGGUGAGUUUUCUUCUUUUCCUCAUUGUAGUCCAUGCACCAUUUGGUCUAUGAGCUCCAAAUUUGUAUCUCACAAAGGUUGUGAAAUACAGCAAAACUGAAAUUCUUCUCGUUAUAAGAUGUUUUUUUUUUGGGUCAGAAAACAAGUGGAUACAGCAUUUGUGAUUAACUGACUAAAAACAAGAAUAUUCGGGAUUAAAGUCACCUGUCUUUAAUUUGUACUCUGUAAAAACAAUAUUAUGAUACAUAGAAACAGCCGAGUUGUAGUUUUACGUA